AUGGGAUGUUACUCUUCUAAAUUAAACGAAAAAACCAAGUCUACAGAUUCACAAAGUAUACAACCUGAAUUUCAGGCAGAAUUCCGAUACACUAAUGGUAGAAGAUUUCAUAAUCUGGAGAAUGCUGUAUAUCCCUUACCAAAUGAUGAUGAUGAAUUAGACAGACUACAUUUACAACAUUUCAUGAUGAGAUAUAUCUGGCAGAGUAACUUUUCUGCCCCCAUCAAACAUAUUUUAUCUUCUCCAAGAACAAAAAUCCUUGAUAUUGGGUGUGGUGCAGGGUCAUGGUCAUUUGAUAUGGCAUCCACAUAUCAUUUGGUUGAGGUUAUUGGAUUAGAUAUGUCCCCACUUCAGCCGACACACAUAAAACCUAAAAACUUCAAAUUCGUUAAAGCAAAUGCUUUGGAAGGAUUACCAUUCAAUGAUAACACUUUUGAUUUUGUAUUUCAACGAUAUAUGUUCACCGGAUGUACCAAGGAGAAAUGGCCAUACUUAAUAAAUGAGAUAGUUAGAGUUUUAAAGCCCGGUGGAUUCUUAGAAUUGAGCGAGCCUUCUAAAAUGUUUGAUUUAGGGCCAGCAACUCAACGUUUAUUUAAUAGUCAAAUAGAAUUAUUAGACCGACGAGGCCUAGAUAGUGAUAUAUUUCAAAAGUUAGAAGACUAUUUACAAAACCAAGGUCAAUUAGAAAAUAUUAAGAAAGAAAUAAAACAAUGCUACCAUGGUGUAAAGUCUGAAAAUAUUAAACUUAGUAAAGUGAUUGUCGAUAAUAUGGUUACCGCAUAUGAAAGUUUUAAACCCGCUUUAUUAGAAAUAUUACAAAUUUCUGACAAAGAAUUCGAUGAGUUGGCUAAAAAAUCAAGAAAAGAACUAUAUGAUUUUGAUUCUUAUAAUUAUUUAGUCCGUAUUUAUGCAAGUAAAAUUAUUGAUAAUC